UCUUGAAUAAAUGUUUUGCAGAGUGCACGUGUCUUUGAUUUAUCAGUGGCGACGAGGAUAAAAAAAUUCACAUAAAUUUAAAAAUUAAUUAAACUGUGUUGAGAAAAUUAUAAUGAUUGGUCAAAUUAGUGCAUUUGACGUUAAAAAUGGCAAUUGGUCAGCAUAUAUUGAACGUGUGGAGAUGUAUUUUUUGGCAAAUAAAAUUGAAGAUGGCGUCAAAUUACCCACGCUUAUAGCGGUAAUGGGGGAAGAUAGCUACGACUUGCUAUCUACGUUGGCCAGUCCGAAGAAACCUUCGAGUCUAACUUUCAAAGAAGUUGUGAAUUUAAUGGAAACGCAUUUGCAGCCGAAACCUUCAAUAUUAGCGGAGCGUUACAGAUUUCGUCAAAGAAGGCAGCAAGAAAACGAAUCGAUUGCCGACUACGUGGCAGACUUAAAAAAAUUAUCACGGUUUUGUGAUUUCUCAACAACACUAGAAGAUAAUAUUAGAGACCAAUUUGUGUGCGGGCUUAAAAGUGAAUCUACAAGACAGAGGCUGUUUGCCGAGGAGAAUCUUUGUUAUAAAAAAGCCGUGUCGCUCGCGAUAAACCUUGAGGCGGCGGAACGUGACGCGGGCGUUGUGGAUCGUUCACUCAUUGUGGAGCAAGUAAAUAAAAUGCAAAUACGUGAGUGUAAAGCAUGUGGGGACACAAAUCAUCGCUGGGAAGAUUGUGUCUACAAAAAUUUUGUGUGCAGCCUCUGCAAAACGACAGGCCAUCUCCGUCGUAUGUGUACGGGACGAGAGAAGACUGGGGUACGCGGUGAGGGCGUGAUGAACAGCUACGGGUACAGUGGCAGAUCGCGCGGGUGGCGCGGGCGAUGGCGCGGGAAGCGUGGCGGUCGAUCACGUGGCGCCGGGCGCGGGGCCGGACAAGGAGCCCCCGCCGACACCUACUGGCUGCAGGGAGCCGCCGGAUGCGAGGCUGGACCGGUGGCCAAAGCGGCGCCGGCGAGCGAGGUGCGCCAGCAAGAGGAAGUAGACUACACGGAUGAGGAGCCGAUCUAUCAGAUGUCCUUAGCUAAGUACAAACCGGUGUGUAUUUCCUUGUUAGUGAACGAUACAUUGUUGAAUAUGGAAAUAGAUACUGGGUCCGCUUUAUCCUGUAUUAGUAAGAGUACAUUUUUAAAAUACUUUAACAAAUUAAAGUUAAGGUCAUGCAGGUUAAAAUUAAAGUUUUAUGACGGGGCUACCAUUGAACCAUUAGGAUAUUUAGAAAUCAGUGUAAAAUAUGGCAACAUAUGUAAAGUUUUGGACCUUUAUGUUAUCGACAAUGGCUGUACCCAUUUAUUAGGACGACAAUGGCUCUCAGAACUGAAUAUAGAUAUUCCUAAAUUUAAAAUCUGCAAUGUAAAUAAUGUGCAAGCAAGCCAAUCGAAUGAUCAAAUCAAUAAUAUACUUUCCAGAUAUAAGUCGGUGUUUGACGGGACCCUGGGCAGGUACACUGGUGGUACGGUGGCGUUGAAGGUGCGUGAGGACGCAGAGCCUAUAUUUUGCAGAGCGAGGCCAUUGCCUUUCUCUAUGCGAGCGCGUGUGGAUGCAGAACUAGAUGCCAUGCUUCAGGCCGGCGUUGUGGAACCGGUGGACCACUCCGACUGGGCUACUCCGCUGGUCAUUGCUUCCAAAGCAGACGGGGGAAUUCGUAUUUGUGCCGACUACAAGGUGACACUCAAUCGAGCCUUAAUGAUUGAUAGGUAUCCGGUUCCGAGGAUUGAUGAAUUGUUUAGCGACCUCAGUGGAAAUAAAUACUUCACAAAAAUUGAUUUAUCACAGGCUUAUAAUCAACUUGAACUAGAUUCAGAAUCAAAAGCGUACACUGUAAUCAAUACACAUAAGGGGCUUUUUAAAUAUAAUCGCUUAGUAUAUGGCUUAGCUUCAAGUCCAGGAAUAUUUCAAAAAUUUAUGGCAAAUUUGUUCAAAGAUAUUCCAGAUGUGAUUACGUUCUACGACGAUAUAUUGCUAAAAAGUAGGGAUUUUAAAAGUCAUUUGGAAACAAUAGAGAAAGUCUUUAGUAUUUUGCAAAACAACGGGUUAAAAAUUAAGAAAAACAAAUGUAAUUUUUUGGCUUCCGAAGUUAAGUACUUAGGAUACAUUAUAGAUAAAGAUGGUAUAAGAGUGGACCCAGACAAAGUAAAAGCAAUUGUAGGUAUGGUUUAUCCAAAGAACGUAUCUGAGUUAAAAUCGUUUUUAGGAAUGGUUAAUUUCUAUGGAAAAUUCAUAAAAAAUUUGAGCACUCAUCUGGCUCCUUUAUAUGAGCUAUUAAAGGCAGGUAAACAGUUUAUUUGGUCUAAGGAGAGUAGUUUAGCAUUUAACAAAGUAAAGAAAUUGUUAUGUAGUGCAGAAGUUCUAGUGCAUUUUGAUAUAUCUGCAGAGUCCAUAGUGACCUGUGACGCAAGUUCGUAUGGCGUGGGCUGUGUGUUAGCGUCGCGCGCAUCUAACGGUUCGGAGCGGGUCGUGGCCUAUGCCUCGCGCUCACUCACUCCUGCGGAGAGACACUACAGCCAAAUACAUAAGGAAGCCCUCGCUAUUAUAUUUGCUGUUGAUAAAUUCCAUCAAUACUUGUAUGGUCGGAAGUUUACAUUAAAAACAGAUCAUAAACCACUAGUAAGCAUUUUCGGUCCGAAUUCAGCAGUACCUUGUACAGCAGCGAGUAGGUUGCAAAGAUGGGCUAUCAAGUUAUCAGCAUAUGAUUUUAAUAUUGAGCAUAUUUUCUCAGCCCCGUAUCAUCCGGCUUCAAAUGGAGCAGCGGAAAACGCAGUUAAGAUAUGUAAGAGAGUCAUAAAAAAAGCGGUUAAUCAAAAACUAGACCCGGACAUAGCACUUUCUCGAUUUUUAUUAGCUUAUAGAAAUACGGAGCAUUACACUACAGGAGAGAGUCCUGCUAAAAUUCUGUUGGGCAGGGAUUUACGUAUGCGUUUAGAUGCCUUAAAGCCUUCACGCGAGACGAGAGUUCAAUCACACCAAGCUCGCAGUGAGGAGUUUGCGGGGGGAGCGCGGCGUCAACUUACACCCGGUGACCCGGUGUGGUACCGCGACUACCGCUCUCGGGACAAGUGGCUAGCAGGCCAGCUGACGGAUAGGUUAGGAACCACUGACUACAAAGUUAAAUCUGUUCUCGGAACCGAAGUACAAAGACAUAUCGAUCAAUUAAGGUUUAGAAAGGUCAAAGUAGUUGAUAGUAAUACAGGGGACAUAAAUCGUCAACCUUCACAUGUUAAUCCAAAACCUAAGUCCCGAAGUUCAUUAGCUUUUCCAACCUCAGAGAGCCCAGAACGAGACCCCGAUUCUAUGACAGCGUCGUCUGCCACAGCUGAUAUGUUGACGUCACCUAGAACGGUUCGUAAUCAAAGAGCAUCCCACAAUGAAAUGAGCAGCCCAGAUGGCAAUACGUCACGUCAGGAAGCUAUCACCGCCGUCACCGUGCCAGCAGUGUCCACGCCCGGGGGACCGAUUCAAGAUAAUGUAGUCUACAGGGAGUUAACGUCUGAUCAGCAAACAGACAGAAUUAGUAGGAUUCGUAGACCCCCUCGUAGAUACGGCUUCGAAGAUGUUUUUUUUUUCAGGUAGCAUAUAAGCAUCUUAGAUUAUUUUUUUUUAAAUUAAACUUAUUUUUUUUUAUCUUUUCACAUGUAUGUCAAUGUAAAUUGUUAUAUUCUUGUAACAAGUAGAGAUUUAGACCAUUAAAUAUAAAUGUUGUAUGUUGUAGUAGUAGGUAAAUCUUUAAAAUAGAUUGCAGCUGUUUAUUUUUAAGUUUUUUUUUUUUUUUUUGUCACCUUUAAUAAAAGGUUAAUUUCGGUAAAUAGGGAGAGAGGUAGGUAGGUAUUGAGGUAGCUUACAUAGAAAUAUACUUAUUGUUUUUUUUUGUUAUUUACUGUUUUCCUUAUUAUGUAUUUCCAUCAUUGAGUUAUUAAAUUACUAUUGUUAUUAAGACAGCAACCUAUCUACUUGUGAAUUUACCUAGGUAUUUGAUAUAUCUUAAAAAUCUUUAGAACACAGAGUUUAUUAACUAAUUAAUUAGCUAUGUAAGAGAGCUUAGCAUUUAAGGGGGAAGGUGUUAGAUAUUUGGCAGACUAAGUGGGCAACACUG